AUGUCAGACCUGCCAUCUAUUCCUCCGGCCGACCAACUAGCCGCCGUCACUCUCGACUCCGACGAGAUCCCCAAAGCAGAAUUCUCAGACAGAGUUCCGAUCCAAUCCAUAAUCCGCCGUGAAGACGGCGGCUCAGGUUUAGCAGGUAAGAAAGCAAGGGUUGGCGGAUGGGUGAAAACCGGACGGAAAGCCGAUAAAGAUGCUUUCGCUUUCUUGGAACUAAACGACGGAUCCUGCGCCGGAAACCUUCAAGUUAUCGUCGAAGCUUCCCUUGCAGACCUUGGACAACUCGUUCUCACCGGAACUAGCGUCAUCAUCGAUGGCCAUCUCAAACUUCCUCCCGCCGGUACUAAACAGAAGAUCGAGCUCCGCGCCGAUAAGGUUCUGCAUGUAGGUCCUGUUGAUCCUGCCAAGUAUCCAUUGCCUAAAGGGAGACUCACUCUUGAAUUCUUACGAGAUUUCGUUCAUCUUCGUCCCAGAACCAACGCGAUAUCUGCUGUUGCUCGAAUUCGGAAUGCUCUUGCUUAUGCUACGCAUACGUUUUUCAACAAGCAUGGUUUUCUUUAUGUGCACACGCCAAUUGUCACGACGAGUGAUUGUGAAGGUGCUGGUGAAAUGUUUCAAGUGACAACUUUGUUCAGUGAAGCAGAGAGGUUGGAGAAGGAUCUUAUACAGAAUCCUCCUCCAACUGAAGCUGAUAUUGAAGCUGCUAAGCUUGUUGUUCAGGAAAAAGGGGAGGUUGUUUCACAAUUGAAAUCUGCCAAAGCCAAUAAGAAGGAGAUUACUGCUUCUGUGGAUGAACUUAAAAAAGCAAAAGAGAAUGUAUCCAAGCUAGAGGAAAGAUCUAAACUUCAGCCUGGAAUUCCUCGAAAGGAUGGAAAGGUGGAUUAUACUAAAGAUUUCUUUGCCCGUCAAGCUUUUCUCACUGUUUCUGGUCAGCUUCAAGUUGAGUCUUAUGUGUGUGCUCUUAGUAGUGUGUAUACAUUUGGCCCGACAUUCCGUGCUGAGAAUUCUCACACUUCAAGGCAUCUGGCUGAAUUUUGGAUGGUAGAACCUGAAAUUGCGUUUGCAGACUUGGAGGAUGAUAUGAACUGUGCCGAGGCAUAUGUGAAAUUUUUGUGUCAGUGGUUACUUGACAACUGCCUUGAAGAUAUGCAAUUUAUGGCUGACAAGAUUGACAAAGGUUGCAUUGAUCGUUUGAAAUUGGUUGCCUCCACCCCCUUUGUUCGACUUUCAUAUACAGAAGCCGUGGAAAUACUGGAGGAAUCUGUGAAGAAUGGUAAGAAAUUUGAGAAUGAAGUAAAAUGGGGGAUUGAUUUAGCUUCUGAGCAUGAAAGAUACCUUACAGAAGUUAAGUAUCAAAAGCCUGUCAUAGUUUAUAACUAUCCAAAAGAUAUCAAAGCGUUUUACAUGCGCCUCAAUGAUGACUCAAAGACAGUGGCUGCUAUGGAUGUUCUUGUCCCAAAGGUUGGAGAGUUAAUUGGUGGAAGCCAAAGGGAAGAGCGUUAUGAUGUCAUUCAACAAAGAUUAAAGGACAUGGAUCUGCCUGUUGAGCCAUAUGAAUGGUACCUUGAUCUGAGGCGGUAUGGAACUGUGAAACAUGCUGGAUUUGGUCUCGGCUUUGAAAGGAUGAUUCUUUUUGCUACCGGCCUGGAAAAUAUUAGAGAUGUGAUUCCCUUCCCCCGGUACCCUGGCAGAGCAGAUUUAUGA